UUUUGUGUGUACUGUUCAGUCUAAUUCGUUCUGUGCGUGCACCUCGGAGGAUUAUUUUUUUUUAUAUUUCUUUACAAUUUUUACUUGGAUUUUAAAUGAAUUUUCCCUAGCCAUGAGAAGGUGGGAAGCCCCGCCCUUCCUGAGGGUGGUGGCAGUUUUAGCGGUGCUGACGGCCACGGUGGCCGCAAGCAAGGGCCACCAGCAGGCCCUCGACAGCGCCUCGAUGAACGCGGAGAACUUCAUCUUCACGCAGCCGCAGUACAACGGUAGCAUCUACGAGAACAGCAUAGGGAAGGUGUACAUCCAAACAUCGCAGAAGAUGGGGAUCCGAACCGGGUACCCUUCGUCCAUCAACAUCGAGUUCACGAUCGUCAGCGGCGACCCUCAUAACGUUUUCAUCGCCGAGACGACGCACGUCAAGGAUUUUUGUUUUUUGAGGAUCCGGAUACAAACGUCGAGUUUCGGGAAUUUGAACCGAGAGCUCAACUCAAUGUUUUUUCUUCAGGUCAGAGCCAAAGGGUCGUACCCAGGGGAGGUGACCCUCGAGACGUUUACCAACGUAACGAUAUCGGUGCUGGAUGUCAACGAGUUCAGUCCCAUGUUUUCCAGCAUACCGUACGAAAUCAGCAUUCCCGAGGACACGCCGCUGCACAGCAGCAUCGGCGAGGUGAGGGCGUCGGACGCCGACAGCGGGAUCAACGGUGAGAUUUACUACAGCCUGGUUCAGGCCACGCUGGUGUUCGCCAUACACCCCACCACGGGCGUCAUCUCGCUCUCGCGGCCCGUCCGUUACGAGAAUAAACAAGUCUACGAACUGGAUAUCCUUGCCGAGGACCGGGGGGUGACCGCCCCGGGGCGUAUCUCCCCUAACAGCAAAACCAAAUUUAAAAUCAACAUCCUACCUGUGAAUUACAACUCCCCCGUGCUCAAGGUGCAUAAUCAUCAGACUCUCAUCGAAAACGGAAACACCGGGACCAUUUUCGCGGUGUUAACGGUGACGGACGACGACCGGGGCAAGAGCGGAGUCGUGAACAACGUCACCAUCACCAACGACCCGAAAAAUAUUUUCAGACUCGUGACCCAAAGCGCGCGCGGGAUGUACAACAUCGUCGUGGCCUCGCCCAUCGACCGAGAAACGACCCCCGAGAACUACAACAUCACCGUGAUGGCGACCGAUUCCGGGGAACCCCCGCGGUCCACAUCUCUGGUGAUCCCAGUGCGGGUGCAAGACGUGAACGACAACGCCCCUGAGUUUGAGCAGAACGUGUACACGAUGGAGGUGUCUGAAGUCGUCCCCCACAACACACCUGUUUUGUUCGUCAAAGCUUUCGACAACGAUAUCGGAUCCAAUGCUGAAGUAUUGUACAGUAUCGUCGACGGGAAUAAGAAAGAACUGUUCUCCAUCGAUCCAGUUUCCGGUUUGAUUCGAACUUCCGGUGACCUCGACGCCGAAAUCGACCCUCGGGUCAUCCUCGUCGUGCAGGCUCAAGACCAGGCCAACACCGGUUCCAGAAAAACCGGACAGGCUAAAGUCAUCAUUAACCUAAUUGAUUACAACGACAACGCGCCGGAUUUCAACAAGGCGCAGGAGAUAGUCACCGUUCGGGAAAACCUGCCCAAGGGUUCUCGCGUUGUGACCGUCUCCGCCACCGACGAGGACAGCGGGGACAACGGGAAGCUGAGCUACAGUAUCGUCAACUACGACAAGGUACCGUUCGAAAUCGACGCUUUCUCCGGGGAGAUAACGACCACGGAGGUGCUGGACUACGAGACGAUGAGGCGGAGUUACCAGCUCCACCUGCGGGUGUCCGACUGGGGGUCGCCCUACAAGCGGGAGGAGGAGAUGGUCCAGGUGAUUCGGGUCGAGGACAUCAACGACAACGCCCCUUUAAUGGAGCAGAGUCGCUGUUCCGGUUACCUGUCGCGCGACUCGCCUCUCAUGGCCGACGUGGUCACUCUUUCCGCCAUCGAUUUCGACUCGGGGAAUCUGAUCACGUACAGCAUCACGGACGGCAACGAGGACGAUUGUUUCAGCAUCGGGCCUUCGUCGGGUAUCAUAACGGUCAACUGCGACGUGGCCCGACAGACGGAAGGGAAGCGUAGCCUGCAGGUCGUGGCCAGUGAUAGCCAUCACGUGUCCAUCCCGGCGCUGGUCGAGCUGACCCUGGUCAACAGUAAGAUCAACACCGACGUGUCCACCGACCCGACCAGGGUCACGUGUGUCAGGACGGACGCCCUCGCCCGUUACGAACAGCUGGUGAGGAACUCGUCGAUAGCCAACUUGGACCCACAGAUCGUCGUGCUCAACAGAAACAACAAACCCAAAAACAACCCACCCGUCGUUUCUAAUUCCUUUAUACCACGCGCGGACGUCUACGAAUCCGCACCCGUCGGAACUGCGGUUCUAGACUUCGGGGCGUUCGUUUCAGACCCGGAUUCCGGCUACGAUGGUCAGUUGAAGUACGUCAUUUCCGGCGGGGACGACCACCGCGGUUCGUUCAAGCUGGACAGCUUCACCGGGAAGCUGGUGGUCUUCUCGGGGCUGGACUACGAGCUGAAGACCGAGUACUCCCUGACCCUCACGGCCACUGACAUGGGGCAGCCCUCGCUGUCGGUCUCGGUCGAUGUCAAGAUCAACAUCCGCGAUGAGAACGACAACGUGCCCAUGUUUGAGCAGUCCGUGUACGUUGUCAGCUUAAAGGAGGACGCGUUGGUCGAUGCGGUGGUCAUUCAGGUCCAAGCCAAAGACCUGGACACAGGCGACAACGCGGACAUUCGUUACUCCAUAAUAUCAGACGACCGGGAUUUCUACAUCGAUCCUUUAGAAGGGAUCGUUAAAGUUAAACGCAAUUUGGAUCGCGACUCCAGACCGUACCAAACCCUCGUCAUCCGCGCCGAGGACUACGGUUUAAAAACGAGGCUGGCGUCGACCACCGUCGUCAACAUCACCAUCGAAGACGUGAACGACAACCAACCCAUUUUUGUACCGGGGACCUACCAUGUCCGCGUCCGCGAGGACUUGCCUGUUGGCACCAUCAUCACGACCUUGACCGCACACGACCUCGACGAGGGCGAAAACGGCCGAGUGGAGUACUCGUUCGCGCACGGGAUCGACAACUUCUUCGAAAUCGACAGCCUGACGGGGUCGGUCCGCAUCAAGCGGAAGCUGGAUUACGAGACGAAGCAGGUGUACAACAUCACCGGGGUGGCGCAGGACGGCGGUCAACCGGCCUUGACCUCCAUCUGCUACGUUAGCAUCGAGGUGAUGGAUGUGAACGAGAACAUGUACUACCCCGUGUUCCCCGACUUCCUGGCCCGGGGGUCGGUCAGCGAGAACCUGCCCAUCGGAUCUUACGUCAUGUACGUCCAGGCGACCGACCGGGACGGACCGAGCAACGGCAUCGGUCAGGUGUUCUACACCAUACUGGACGGGAGUGGACUAGGUAGAUUUACCAUAGACAUCAAUGGUACAAUCAGGACCAGCCAGGUGCUAGAUCGCGAGACGACCUCCCACUACUGGCUGACUGUUGUAGCCCAAGACCGAGCCCUGGUCCCAAAGUUCGCGAGGGUCGAGGUGCUCAUCGAGGUAGAGGAUGCCAACGACAACAUCCCUCAGAGCGUUGAGCCAGUCUACUACGCCGCGGUGGAGGAAAACAAAAAAGAGCAGAAGAACUUCAUUCAAAUCCAGGCCACGGACGGGGAUUACGACGGUGCCCAAAGUCUGACGUAUGCCAUCACCGGAGGGAACCAACAGAAUUUUUUCGUUAUUGACCCCCGCACCGGUCAGAUGAGCACUACAAGCAAAACGCUGGACAGGGAAGCGCAGGAGGAACACGCACUAGAGGUGACGAUAACCGACAACGGCACCCCGGCGUUAUCCUCCACCACCCGCAUCAUCGUCAAGGUGGUGGACGACAACGACAACCGGCCCGAGUUCAUCCAGAAGGGACAGCGCGUCACCGUCACGGUCUUCGCCGCCCCCCACACGGGGAGCGACCUCUUCGUCUACCGCGCCUACGCCUUCGACCGUGACGAGGGCCGGAACGCCAACCUGACCUACGAGUUCACCAACGCCCAGGACCGGCCGUUCAGGAUUGACCGGUACAGCGGGAAGAUCUACGCCACGGCGGACCUGGUCGCCGAUAGGAAGUUCGAAAUGGGGGUACGCGCCACCGACAGCGGAGCCACCGUACACAAAAACCGAACACAGCGUCUCAUCAUCGAGGUCAAGUCCAAGCCCACGUCAUCGAGGGUCAAGCCUCGGUUCCGGCAGAAAAUCUUCCACGAGAACAUCCCCGAGAGCGACCCCCCGGGACAGAUGGUCAUCAUGGUCAGCGACCAAGUGGAGGGGGAAAGCCCUAGGCUGUCUUACGCCAUCACAGCCGGUAACGACGACGACACGUUCACCAUCCUACCUGACCACGGCUCCAUCUACCUGGCCGAGCACCUGGACUAUGAGACACGGAGCAGCUACAACCUCACCAUCUCCGUCACGGAUGGCCUCAGCACGGACUACGCCCAGCUUGACGUUACCAUCGUCGACGGCAACGACAACGAGCCCAUCUUCACCAGCACGCUGUACCGGGCCGAGAUCUCGGAGAACGCCGAGGUCGGCACCUACAUCCUCACCGUCACGGCCAAGGACGCCGACAGCAACAACCGUCUGCUCUACUCCAUCACGUCGGCCGCCUCCACCGGAAGUCUGGAGAAAUUCCACAUCGGGGAGAAAGAUGGUGUGAUAGUCGUGGACCGUCCACUGGACAGAGAGGACCUGUCCCGCCACCUACUGACCGUCCAAGCCAGGGACCAGGGAUUUCUGUCCAAGCGCAGCUUCGCCAGGGUGGAGAUCACCCUGACUGACCACAACGACCACGUGCCACAGUUCUUGUCGGAGGUGACCAGGGGUCAGGUGUACGAGUCGGCGGCCGUGGGGACGUCGGUGGUGCAGGUCAUGGCUGUGGACAGUGAUAAGGGACUCAACGCGGAGCUGACUUACUCCAUACUCUCAGGAAAUGCCGACAGCACCUUCAGCAUCGACAACCACAGCGGCAUCAUAUCCGUGGCCAAAGAGCUCAACCGCCAGGUCCACUCCAGCUUUGAGAUGCUGGUCUCCGCCACCGACAUGGGCGAACCCCCUCUCAGCAGCACAACCAAGGUUGAAAUAGCCGUCACCAUAUCGACAAACUCCCCGCCCAAAUUCUUGCAGAAGGAGUACUCUGUAGAGCUCCAGGAGAACCUACCAUCUGGUACUGUGGUGACGUCAGUCAUAGCCACCAGCUUGUCUACGGUUGUUUAUGCCAUUUUACGAGGAGAUAACGAAGGUUUUUUUAACAUAAACCCUAAUUCAGGGGUUAUAUUUACCUUGAGGCCAAUCGACUACGAAAAGAAUCAGUUCUUUAAUUUGACCGUCAUGGCCACAAAUAUUGUUUCAGCGUCUCAGUCUGUUAAUGUCAUAGUACACAUUGUUGAUGUCAACGACAACGCCCCUGUUUUUAUACACCCCGUUUAUGUCGGCAACAUUUCGGAAUCUGCUCUUCAAGGCUCUAUGGUCUUGGACUCUGCCAGGUACCCACUGGUGGUCCAAGCUAAAGACGCAGAUUCCAACAACAACGCCAGAUUGUAUUACCAGAUUGUGGGUCACGAAGCUUUGAAAUACUUUGCUAUUGACCCCAACACCGGAGCUAUUCGGACCAUGGCGACGUUAGACUACGAAACCAGGACUGUUUACAACUUUUCAGUCCAGGUGACAGACUUGGGGGUACCCCAGCUCCAGGCUUUUCAGACCGCGACGGUCGUCAUUUACAUUGAAGACGUCAACGACAAUGUUCCGAGGUUUAGUGAGCCAGUCUAUCAAGCGUUGCUUGUCCUGCCGACAUACUACGACGUGGCGGUCAUCCAGGUUAUGGCCAGUGAUCCUGAUACUGUGUUUGAUAAACCACUCAGCUAUGGUAUUAUCAACGGCAAUGAUGAGGCGGCAUUUGAGAUCAACUCACAGACGGGUGUCAUCACCGUGCAGAAGUGCGAACUGUCAAAGAUAAUUUACGAGCUGAGCGUGCAGGCGACCGACGGGAAAUUUACCUCCUUGACUAGAAUUUUCAUCAACGUGCAACAAGAGGGCGCCACGGAGCUUAGAUUUGUUAAAGAAAGAUAUUCAGCCACCGUGCCAGAGAACAGCGCCAAGGAGUACCAGCUGGUCAUCAUUCAGCCGGUGGCCCUGAAACCUGGCCAGCACGUCACCUUCACCUUGCUCAACAACCGUGACCUGUUUUCUGUUGGCCAGACUUCUGGUGUGUUGUCGACCAACGGCCUUGAGUUUGACAGGGAAAGGAAAGAUAACUACACAGUAGUUGUCAAGGUUCAAGACAGCAAGACCAAGGAGUUAUCUGCCCAUGUCGUGGUGCAGGUUCUGGUGCAGGAUGAGAAUGACAACCCUCCCAUGUUCCUCAACCUGCCCUACCACUGCACCGUGUCUGCUGAUGCUGAGAGUGGGAAAGUUAUCCAAGUGGUUCGAGCAGUAGACCCAGAUAUUGGCAUGAACGGAGAAAUUAAGUACGUCCUGGCUGAGUCAUAUAACAACAAGUUUGCCAUCAACCCCUACACUAGAGAGAUUGUGGUCAAGAACUUGGACACCAGAGAUCACAACAAGGAGAUAGUUCUCAAAGUUCUUGCUGAGGAUAAAGGUUCCCCAUCAUUGACGGCCGUCGCUGCGGUCCACGUUCACAUCACUGACAGUUCCAGCCCAUUGUUUGAGCAGCCGGUCUAUGAGGCCAGCGUCCUUGAGAAUGCUGCCCCCCACUCCCCCGUCAUGUCCGCCAAAGCUAUUUCCCCACACGGCCAGAAGCUGAUCUACUCCAUCAGUAGGGGGGAUAAAUAUGGAGAUUUCGCCCUGUCUUUCAAUACAGACAUGGAAACACUGGGUCCUUAUUUCAACGAACCUAGUCCAUUUUCUGAAGGCUACUUGUCUGUGGUGGGUAACCUGGACUACGAGGACAAUAAUGCCUACACACUGACCAUCCGUGCCAGCGAUGUUUUUACAGGGAGCUACGCUGAGGCCACAGUCAAUGUGAAAGUUGAGGAUGUCAAUGACAACCCACCAGUGUUUGGCAGCCUCUCCUACACCCACACACUCUCAGAGUCCGCAUCCAUCGGCUCCAGGGUUCUGACGGUCAAUGCCACGGAUGCUGACAGCGGGGCCAACGCCCUGGUCUACUUCAGUCUGGCACCAGUCUCCCCUGGCAGGAGGGACCUGGAGCAUUUCCAGAUCAACACCGAGACAGGGGAGAUCACUCUGAAGAAGAUUCUGGACCACGAGGUGCAGAAGGAGUACAAGAUGCUGGUGGUGGCCAAGGACAAUGGAAAGCAUGUGCUCAGCUCAACUGCUCUUGUUACUGUGAAGGUUUUGGAUUUGAAUGACAACCCCCCAUCAUUCACUCAGCCGUCCUAUGAUUGCUACAUCAGCGACACUGCCACGCGUGGUCACUUGGUCUUCAAGGUCAUCGCCCUUGACCCUGACGAAUCAGAUGCCGACAAUCUUUUCUACAGCAUUGUCGGAGGUAAUGAUAAAUUUACCUUCAGCAUCGACGCCAAUUCUGGGAUUAUCUCCCUGUCUGAGCAAAGAGUGCCGGCCCUUGGUCCGGCGUACACACUUAACGUGUCAGUUACUGAUGGCGUGUACACAAGCUUCACCAGGGUGACAGUGGACGUACGCAGCACAAACCACUACACACCCAAGUUUGUGAAAGAUGUGUAUUAUGCCAAUGUGUCCGAGGGCGUGGCAACCGGGACAACCAUUCUGACAGCCACUGCGGUUGACAAGGACAGAGGGAAUUAUGGGUUGCUGACUUACUCCAUUGUCAACACCCACAUGGCAAAAAUAUUUAGCAUUGAUGCUGAUACAGGAGAAAUUUCAACUCGACAAAGACUAGACAGGGAGAAAACAAGUGCUUUCAACUUCACCAUUGCUGCCACUGACAACGGCAGCAAGAUGGGCUUUGCCAGAGUUGUCAUCAGAGUGACGGAUGAGAAUGACAAUAUGCCCAUGUUCUCAAUGCACGAGUAUAAAUUUAAUGUGGCCCGGAACGCAACAGUGGGAUCUGUUGUGCUGAAGGUAAAAGCAGAAGAUAAAGAUGAAGGGGACAACGCUAAAAUUGUGUACUCACUUCUGUCUGGAGAUGAUGAAGUAACUAAACUCUUUGAGCUGAAUACAAACACAGGGGAGAUCACUACCAAGGUGGACUUGAGUGUUGCAAAAAACAACACAAUUUUCCAGUUCUUUGUGAAGGCCUCUGACCUAGGGGACCCAGCAAUGGUCAACACAGUCUCCACACAGAUUCAGAUCAUAGAGAAAGAUGACCGCCCUCCCAGAUUUGCAGAGUCGACAAAAUUAAUUUUUGUCCAUGAAAAUGAGCCGAUUGGAACAACUAUAGCAACACUGAAAGCAAGAAAUGACAGCCCGCUCAUAUACUCCAUCAUCUCUGGUGCUGGUCAAGCUGACCUGAUGUCUGCCUUCACUAUAGACAGCAUUGGUCAGCUGCUGCUGUCCAAGAGGUUAGACCGGGAGGUCACGCCGACCUACAACCUGUACAUCAUGGCACAGACAAAAACAAUGCCACCACUAUUGGAUUAUAUGGAGAUUAACAUACAGGUGCAAGAUGUGAACGACAACAGACCCGAGUUUGCGUGCAACCCGUACACGGCCACCAUAGCAGAAAACGCAGCCACGCAGCAACAGGUCAUCCAGCUCCAGGCAACUGACCUUGACCUCUACAGCAAACCCCUGAAGUAUUUCUUUGGCCCCAGCAUGUCCGACCCUGCCAGCAUUUUUGGGAUUGACUCGGAGACGGGCUGGAUCACGUUACUCACCCCCCUGGACAGGGAGACCCAGGACCAGUACAACCUGACCGUUAUUGUGUCUGAUACGCCAGGCGGGGGGAUCGGGAGGAAAUCUGGCGAGGGCGUGUCCCUCACCUCCACGACCAGUGUUCUGAUCACCAUCUCGGACAGCAAUGACAACCCACCACGGUACGAGCGUGAUGCCUACACAACUGCAGUGAAUGAAGGGGCGCUACCUGGGACGGUGCUGGUGACUCUGGUUUCUAAGGACGCUGACUCUGGUAUCAAUGCAGAGGUCACCUAUUACAUCACUGAGGGAGAUCAGCUUGGGCAGUUCGAUAUCACCAAGAAAGGGGAACUACUGCUGAACAAACAACUGGACAGAGAGACCAGGUCACAGUACAGGCUCCGUGUUGCUGCCACAGACGGUGCCUACUUCACCUACGCAACUGUCAUCAUUGAUGUCAUUGAUGACAAUGACAAUGCACCUGUUUGUGAUCAGCCCCUGCAUAGGAUAGAGCAGAAUGAAGACAUUCAGAUUGGAACUCCAAUCACACACAUCAGAGCUACUGAUGCUGAUGAGAGAGGUACCCUCAACUCCAGGAUAGAAUAUUUUCUAGAAGGAGUGGGAGCCAACUUUUUUAGCAUGAACAAAGAGACAGGUGUAGUGAGAACCGCUAAGCUCCUGGACCGUGAAACCAAACCAGAGUACAGACUGACAGCUGUUGCCAGAGAUGGUGGUGGUCUGACCUGCACAACGUCCAUCUUCGUGGUGCUGAAGGAUGUCAACGACAACCCACCAGUGUUUGCCACGGGCAGCCUGCGUGAAACUUACAACAUUCGGGAAGACGCUAAAGUUCGUACAUUACUGACGAGGGUUGUGGCUCAAGAUGCUGAUACUAGUAUCAACAGCCACAUUCGAUACAAGUUUUCAGCCACAACCAGCAGUGUGUUCAGCAUUGACGCUGAGAGCGGGAUCAUCAGUCUGGCAGCUGAGCUGGACAGGGAGAAGAACCCUUACUACAACCUGACUGUCAUUGCUUACAACCCUGUCAAUCAUAACAUGCAAGAACUUUCUUCAGAGGUGACUUUGAUGGUGACGGUGCUGGACGUCAAUGACAACCCCCCAGAGUUUGAGAGGUCCAGCUACUUCACAAGCAUUGACGAGUCUGCCAGGGUCGGGGCUGUGGUUGAAAGGGUCAAGGCCACUAGUCUGGACGUUGGCCUCAACGCUGACAUCACCUAUGCUAUCACAGCUGGGAACGAGCAUGGGAAAUUUGCCAUAGACCAAUACAAAGGUGUGGUCACUGUAGCUGAGCCAUUGGACCACGAACUCUCUCGUGAAUAUUUCAUCACAGUCCUGGCCACGGACCGGGGGACCCCACCCCUCACCAACACAGCUAUCAUCAGCAUCAACAUCACAGACAUCAAUGACAACCCACCUAGGUUUAGCCAGGACGCUUACACCAUUCACGUCUUGGAGAAUGUUAAACCAGGCUCACAGAUAUUUAAGGUGAUGGCUACAGACAGUGAUAGUUUGCCUAAUGCUAUCAUAACCUACAGUUUGGUAAAUGGCAACAAUCACCAGCAGUUUAAAAUUGAUGAAAAAGAUGGAUCAGUCAAGGUUAUAUUUCCCUUAGAUAGAGAAAAGACUAGCAGCUACUCCCUGGUGGUCCAGGCCCAAGACUCUGGCGCCCCUACACUCUUCAGCUCAGCUGUUCUCAGCAUUAUUGUUGACGACGUCAACGACAAUCCACCUGUGUUCACACAAGAUACUUUCAAGGGACUUGUCCAGAAAACAUAUCUUUUAUCUGUUGUUCAACAAUCUGGGGUUGAAGUUGCUACAGUGUCUGCAGUUGAUGCUGACCUGCCUGAGAAUGGUCCCCCCUUCUAUUACGAGAUUGUUGAAGGCAAUGACAAUGGAGAGUUCCACAUUGACAACAAGGGUGUCAUCACCACAGCUGGCAAGCUGCUCAAGCAAGUGAAAGAGCGAUACAUAUUGAAAGUUAGAGCACACGACAAUGGUAAACCAUCUCUUUCUUCCAACGCAACAGUGGAUAUAGAGGUAGUGGAUGACAGUUUAUUUCCACCAGAGGUCAGCAACCUGUCAAUCCAUCUCCGCUCCUGUAUGGACAGUUUCCUGGGGGGCGUCAUUGGUAUCCUUGAGGCCAGGGACAGAGACCCCCAUGAUAAAACAAUUUUCACCAUUGUCUCCCCUAACAGUCACCUCUUCAAUAUCCACCGCGAUGAUGGCCGACUCAUUGCAUUAACCAGUCUGGACGGUGGUAAUUACAUCGUUAACGUUAGCGUUUCUGAUGGUAAAUUCACCACCUACGGUAGGGUCGAUAUCUCUGUGCUGUGCACGACAAAAGACAUGGUGGAAAACGGAGUGACAAUCCAGUUCCAGAAUCUGAUUGAGGAGCAGUUUCACUCUUACUUUAAACAGAAUUUUCAGCGGGUUGUAAAACAGGAGCUGGAUGUCAGGAGUAGCGAUGUGGAGAUUAUCAACGUUCAACCCUCUUCAGAAAGUGUCUCCCAAGUCAAGAAAGAUGAGGAUGAUAUGAUAAGGAAGAAGAGAAACAUCAACAGUAAUUUGGACGUUCUGUUUGCUGUAAGAAAGACAGGGGACAAGUUCUAUGGGAAGAGGGUGUUGAAGAAGAAGAUAGAGAAGAUUAAAGGGAUUAUUGAGGCGGAGCUUGGGACCAAAGUUGUGGAGAUCUUUACUGACAGGUGCGCUAAAGAUUCUUGCCAGACUGGCACAUGUGUUGGAGAAGUCAAGUUUGAUGCUAAAAAUGUUGUUAGUGUUCAGGUGAAAGGAGGCGUCUUUGUUUCUGCAAGGCAUCAGUACCAUGAGAAGUGUGAAUGCCUGGGUGGAGAAUGUGGGGAAGUUCAGUGUGGGGACAAAAAAUGUUCAGCCAACAAAAUCUGUAUAAGGAAUGGAUUUAGAGAUUACAUAUGUCAGUGUCCUGAAGGACUAACAGGAGAAUUUUGUGAACAGACAUUACCUUUAUGCAGUGGCAGUAAAUGUCCUAUAGAACGACCAAUGACAUUUGCUGGCAAAAGUUAUGCUAAAUGGAGGCUGGAGCACACAACCAAAAAACGUUUUUCACUCAGCUUUAGAGUGCGUACAAGACAGCGUACAGCUGUACUGAUGCACGCCAAGGGCCAGGCAGACUACAGCAUGCUCAAGAUUGAACGAGGAAAUCUGGUGUACAAGUACAACUGCGGCAGCGGAGAGGGGCAGGUUCGGAUCCCAGUGGAUCUGAGUGAUGGCCAGUGGCACACAGUGCAGCUGGACAGAAACGGGAAAGAUGCCGAGCUGGCACUGGACUCGGCUUACACGGCCAGGGGGGUGGCCCCUGGGGCUCUGGCGGAUCUAAACAUUGACCCUGAGGAGAUUUUCUUUGGUGCUAAAGUGGAUUUGUUUCCUGGAGGUUAUAAGGACAUCAGCCAAGGAUUUGAGGGUUGCAUGGAAGGCAUCAACGUGUUUGAUGUGCCCCUGCCUCUGAGUGGAGACAACAGGAUAGCUCUGGCCCUGGAGUUUGUCCAGAUAGAGUUCCACUGCCAGGACUACAGCCCACCUCUUUACACCCCGGAUUCUGAAGUGUGCAGAACAAACCCUUGUUUGAAUGGUGGAAGGUGCAACUACACAGGGCCAAAUUCCUAUGUGUGUGUCUGUACUGCUAGAUACAAGGGAGAGAAAUGUGAGCUGGACCAAGAGCCAUGCCUGGACACACCAUGUAGCUAUGGCGGCCGGUGUGAGGUUGACUUGGAUGGACCCAACAGCUACUCCUGCUACUGUAAGGAUAAUCUGGAAGGUGCUAGGUGCACCUAUGGCAAGUUCUGCCUGCCCAACCCAUGCAAGCAUGGCGGCACAUGUAUAGAGGGCCCCACUGCCCCGCUCUGUGACUGUAUGCCUGGGUACCAAGGCCUGUACUGUGACAAGCCUUCAGAUCCAUGCCUCUCUUCCCCUUGUCUAAAUGGCGCCAUGUGCCUCAAUGUCAGGGGCAGUUACCAGUGCAACUGCUCGGCAGAGUUCCACGGCAGGAACUGUGAGCACAGGGAGCCUCAACAGAUGGUGCCGGAGAGAAUCACAGAGUCAAAGGAUGAAUGGCAUAUUUAUGUACCUAUAAUAAGUGGAAUCAUCCUGAUAGUCUUGAUCAUAGUCCUGAUUCUAGUGUGCAAGCGCAGGCAGAGGGAACGCUGGCGUGGGCGCCGGACAAACUGCGGCCUGCCUGAGAGUGGCAGCGAGGGCCUCCUCAGCAGCAUGCAAGACAAGCGCUGCAAGCUCAGCAACCCAGACCUGUCCAAAGCCAUCCACUCCCUCCCAUCCCAGCCCCCACUGCAACUACAACAACUGCAACCCGUGCCCCCUCCGGUCCCGACCCGGCCGGCGUCGUACACCCCCAGCACACACGACUCUGUGCAUGUGUUGAAUAAUCUGGACUCCGCUGGCAAUUACGGUAGUGCUGCAGAUGAGCUAGAGACCUCAGGUAUUCGGUUUCCUACAUAUAAUCAGUACGUGGAAGCUUUUACCAACCCUAGUCACACAAACCCCGCCCACUUUAUGAUCAGGAACACGCCCCCACCACCUUCGUCCAGAGCAUCUGAGUCUGACUCCAUACAGAAGGCGCCCUGGGAGUUUGAGUACCCAAACAUCCUGGAAAAUUACAUGGAAGCAGACAAGAAGCAGAAUGACAAACUGGCCAAGCAGAUGCCUGGCCUGCACUCACCUCAACCUUCACCUUCCAUAAACCAAUCAAGGUCAUAUGGCAGAGGUCAAGGUGAGACCAGCUCAGUCAGCAGCUUUCAGAUAUCAGAGUCUGAGGAUGAUAUGAAUGCAGCCAGACGAGGAAAGAGGAAAGGUUACCAUUGGGACACAUCCGACUGGGCUCCGGGUCCAUCCAUGCCGAAUAUAUCCGAACUUCCAACCAAUGAAAUUUUGGACUCCCCUUCUUCCUCACAGCCAAGCGACGACUGCAAUGCCAACGCUGACAACUUCGACGACAACGUCACUACCAUGGCUAUUUACAACGGUGACGACGACAGUCCCCUCCUCACUGAGGAACAGAGAAGGAACAACAUCGACCCUAUUAACCUAAACGAUGAUGAUGAUGACGAUGACAAUGUCAUCUCCAGUCUAGCCGUGGAUGAUUAUUUUGAAGAUUCAGAGUACGUCGGAGAUUCAGAGUACGCUGAGAAUGAACCGUACGAUCGUGACGAGCUUCCCCCGAGCUACGCUGAACACCCGAAAUACGAGCAACUGCUACAGGAGCUCAACGACAGUUACGAACUUCCUGCCAGCCUGAACAUUCACCCUAACCAUUACCUACCCAACUACAACUUAUCUCAUCAAGAACUCGACCUUGACCCACUCACCGAGGACGAAAACACGGAAGGUGCUAGGUACGCGUAUGGCACCCCUAGGAGCAGCAACCCAAAUCGCGCUUCAGCGAACUCGUUAGAGGGUUAUGUCCCCUUGCGACCUCCAAAAGAGUUCAUGACCCCUGGGUAUCAGACGGACGGAUACACCACAGAUCAGGAGCCGCCAUCCCGCACCUCUUUCAUUGACGACAUGAGCAUGUCUAUGGGUGGGUUCACGUCCAACGCCUCCUGCUCUGAUAUCUCGGGGCUGUGCGAGAUUGACGACAGCGAGGUUAACCUUAGUGACAGUGAUGACGAGAACACACCUUUAAACCGGGAGCACAUGCACACACAAACACAGGUGUGAAAUGACAGGUACACACAGGUACAAGUGUGAGAUGACAUGCACACACAAACACGGGUGUGAACUGACAUGAACACACAAACACAGGUGUGAAGUGACACGUACACACAGGUACAGGUGUAAGUGACAUGAACACACUAAAGCAGGUGUGAACUGACAGGUACACACAAGCACAGUCGUAAUCUGAUAUUUAAAAGCUGUAAAUACCCAAGAAUUCAUGUGUUUUUUAACUUCAUUUUUUUUUAAAAUCUACUGGUUCUAAAAAAUUAUUUCCUAAAUUCUCGGAACUGGAUAGAGGAAGUUGUGACAUACGGAUCUGAAUCAUGUUUAACUAUUGAUGGAUGGAACACGGAUAAACAAUGCAAGAAUGGAGACUGACUUCAAGUUUUAGAUUUAAUAUAAUUUUUAAUUGCUUGAAUGUAAAAGAAUAUCUGGUUUGUUAUUGGAAUGGAAUAAAAUAAUGUACUAUUGAACCAAGGGACAGACAAUGAUAUAAGGAUUGUCUUUCCAUGUUGAAUGUGUACAAGUGAUUUGGAUAUGAGAAGAAUGGAUAUUUUUUAUUUGUGCUGUUUUUAAAGUACUGAUUGUUGUAUUAAAAUCUCACAUGUAAAAUAUCUUUUGAGUCUAGUUCCGUGUGUAUUAAUUCAUUUUUUUUUUCACUUUACCAAUUCUAAUGCCAAAGAUGUGGAAAAAAUAUGGUUGAUGAUAAAAAAUGUCCAAUAAUCUAUAGAAAAUGUUUUUAUGUAAAAACAUAUCAAUGAGAUGGACAAUUUUCAGAGCUAUUUUUUAAAUUAAAAACCAUAAACAAGGUCAAUACAAUAUAAACUAUAUAUUUGCCUUUUAUAUUUUUUAGAAACCUAGGGCUAUGUAGUAUUUGUUUUUUAAUUAAUGUGUUUAUAGACUGAAGCAUUUUUAGUUUGAAAGUUAAGAUGUAAAAAAUCAGCAUCAUUAUAAAACCAGUGUCUGACAUGUAAAAAAAUGUUAGUGUGUUUGUCUUUAAAAUUAAACAAUGUUAUAUUUGUUAUGGUGUUUAUACAAUUUCUACUGAGGCAUUUGUACUUUAAAAGUUAACAGGCUAAAAUCAGCAUCAUCAUGAAAAGCCAAUGUCUGUUUUCAGUCAAGAUACAGGGAAUUUGUCUGAUAAUGAAGAAAAAAAUAUAUUUCUGUUGAUGUAUGUAUAUAUAGGAAGUGACAGAAAUUUUUUUUAAAUUAAAUAUUUUUUUUAUAUGUUGUAUCCUUCUGUAAUUGAUGAAUAUAAUGAAAAGGGUUUUCAUAAGUUAAUUUUUUAAAAUCAAUUUUUUAUAUUUGCGCUGAUCUCAUGCUACUGGGUGUAGUCACUGAAUUACAUUUCUCACAUUUUUAUUAUCAUUGGUUGUGAAAUGGUUCACCAAAAUUGUGUGAAUAGAGAGCUAUUGUGGAGUGUAUAAAAUAAAACUUCAAUGCUCAAUAGAUCAAUUUAAUAAACAACACAGAUGGGCAGUGGUUGCAUGGAUUCAAAUAGAAGGGAACAAUUUAUUUAUUUGUUUUUUCCUGAUAGCAUGAGGAUUAGAAUUAUCAUUCAGAACAUUUGAAAAAUUACAUGAGAAAUUAGAAUUAACAUUUAAAAGAUAUGAUAUUACAUGAAAAAUUAGAAGUAACAUUUAGAACAUAUAACAAAUUGAAAAUAAAAAUAGUCUUUCAGCAUUCUUAUGGCAGGGUAUGUUAUUAAAUAGUUAUUCAACCUUCUGUGGUAUGAAGAUUUGUUUCUUGUACGUGCCUGUUAUGAAAUUAUAUAAAAAAAAAAAACACUUCUCUUUCUAGGAUCAUUUUAGAAAAAAAUAGUUCUUGUUUACUAUCUCUUUAAGUGUUAACUUAUCAUUGAUUUGGAGUUUUUAAAUGUGGAUGGUAAAAGGUAUAUUUGAGUCUGUAUUAUAUUUGUUCCUUUUUGAUUCAUCAAGCUAAGAGACUAAUGUUUGAAAGUAAAUUUUUGAUUUAAAACAAAUUAAUUGUGCUGUUAAAAUAGUCCUUAAUAUUGACACAGUGUAGUUUUCAUGUUUGUCUUGCGUUAUCUGUUUAUGUGCAAUACAUUUUUGUAUUUAUAAAUUCCAUUGUGAAUUGUGUAAGUUUUUGUGAAGUGAAUAAAUGAAAAAAAAAGUUGUUUUUUUAAUCUUAUCUACUUGAUUGACAAAAAAAAUAAAUUAUGGUGUCAAGUUGCAUCUAAAUAGUUUGUAAAUUUUGUUUAAUGUAUGAGUCUGUUACUUGUGUUCAUCAAAUUCAAAAUUUAUGAGUAGUCAGCGCUGAUCAGUUGUUUUUUGUUUUUUUUUGUUUUUUUUUGCGCACAGAAAACUGAUUUUUCAUAAACCUGAAUCAUUUGUUCUCAUCAUCAUUUGCUUCAAGAUUUCUUUUGAAAAAUCCUGAUCAUAAUAUUUUAUACUCCAUCUGGAGUGCUGACGCAUUCUAUUUUAAUAAUAAUUCUUGUUAGUUAACAGUUUUUUUUUCUUGAAAAUAUUUCAACUUUUUUUUUAAAUGAUAAAUUAAAAAAAUUGAGUUUCUUAGGCAUUGAAAUAUUUACUGGAAUAGUUAGCUGUAUUUAUUUGUAUAAAUAAAUAAUUCUUAAGAUUACUAUUGUAUGUGUAUAAGUUUUGUACUGCUAGGAAUGUAGUAACUAUAAUCUGUAUAUUUCUAAUAACACAUACAAUUAUUUUCUUAAAUUCAUAGUUUGAGGUUUUUAAAGCAGAAAUUGAUGUACUAGAUCAGUAGUAAUCUCCAAAUUAAAACUGAGGCUUCAAUUUCUUGCUUAUUAGACAAUCCCACCAUUUUCAUACAUUUUAUUCUACUUUUAUUUUAGCUUUAAAUUUAAAAUUGUUCAACACAAAAUUUUAACUGUUAAUUUUCUAACAUUUUUAUACAACUUAAAAAGAUUUUAAAAAAUCAAACUUGUUGAAAAAUCACAUUUAAAAAUGGCAAAAAAUAUUGGUAUAAAUAUAUUUGUGAUCAAUCAUUGUUCUCUGAUGGAAGUGCAGAAAAAAAUCUGGCAUAACCGUCUGUAUGUUGUAAAUAUAUUAGUACAAAUUGACUUGUUAUCAAAAUAUGUGUUUAGUUCCCAUCUAUUUUGUAAGAAGCUGUUGUUAGUUUUAUCUUUUAUAUAAAGUGAUAGUAGCAGUUAUUUUGUUUAAUAAAAUCUUUUCUGAAAAUUUUAAAUUACUAGCUUUAGUUGUAAUGUGUAGGCCUACUACUUGGCUAUUAAUGUAGCAAAAAUGCAUUUAUAACUAAUUUUUUUUUAAAUUUCAAACUUUAAAAAAAUUAUUUCUUAUAUUUUAAUUCUUAGUUUUUAAUUUAAUGUAUGUAGUUAAUGUUGAUGAGUUGUUUUGAUAUAAAUUUAUUCAAUGUGAUGAAGCCGGAUAGAAGGUUCUCCUUACCUGUUCUGGAGCAGCUGUUUCCCUCACUUCCAUGCCUGCUAACAGACUGUCAGUUUGAGAACCUCCCCAAAGUUAACCACACUGUAACUCUAUUUUUCUGACAUUGGUUCCUGCCUUUGUUGUACUGUCAAAUAAUUUUUUUUUUCUACUCAUGUAAUUUGAAAUUUUAGGUCAGUGUGGUGAUUGUUUUAAAAAUAUCCUUCAUUGAAUAAAAUGUGAUUUUUUUUUUUUUAGUUUUUAAAAUAAAUUAAAUGUUUUCUCUCUUUCACCUGUAACUAUUUUUUGCACUGUAAUUUAAUUUAAAUGUGGAAUAAAUUUAACUAACAAGAACCAACUUCACGUGUCAAAAGAAAUUAAUCUUGAUUUCAAUGCUGAUUUUUUAAAUUAAAAUGUUACUUAGCUGAAUAUUGUUCAUUAAAUUUUCGUAUGUAUUUAUUUAUUUCUGUGUAAUGUCUGUUGCUGUGCCCAUGGGUGGCCCAUGUACAUGCCUGCUUCGAUGAUCAUUUUUAUUUUGUUUUUUUUGUAAUCAUUACAGACCAGACAUUUAUUGCUUGAAAUUGUAGUCAGUUUUUGUUUUGUAUCUUCUCAACCAAAUGUACCAAUUGAAAGUGAAUAAAUAUUCAUUGUGUUUUAUAUGUAA